UGAUAAUUUGAAGAUGAGGAAAUAACAAUUAAAAUAAGAAGAUAAGUUAACUGUAAAUUGGCUUCAUUUGAUUAGAUUAUUUUAUCGUGACAACUUGAAUCAACUAAUCACAAUUAACCAGCAACGUUAGAGUAUCCUAAUGAUAUCGCUAUCAAAUCUCAUCUCAAUAGUUAAUCAGCUGAUAUUACCAAAAGCUAUUCUCAUCAGUGUUACUCUGUUAAUUGGUUAUACUAAUUGUACUCAAGGGAUUCUGUCAACCGAAGUUACUACCAAUGGUCAUCAGAAUGGACCUUUCAUACCAGAAUCACCGGUGCAAUACUUGAUUGAUCCAAGUUUAUUAACUCAAUCAACGUCCAUCAAUUCAUUGGCUCCAAUUGAUUUAUCGAAUGUUGGAAAUUUAUUUCAAUCCGGUGAUAAUCAAAGACCACAGUUUAUCCCGUUAGACGGUGAUAUCGGCAGUUCGAUUGCUAGACAGGUAUUACAUUCGUUUGGUAUACAUGAUGGACAAUCAGAAAAUCUUAAUGAUGGCGGAGAGAUAGUUAAAGUUAUCAAGAGUAAAAAGAAUCAAGGAUCAACAAUUGUUGAUGGUAAAUUAGGUCAACAAUUACCUAAAGGAGCAGUUCUGAUAUAUCGUGAUGGCGAUGAAGGUGACGAAAGUGACGAAGGUGAGACAACCUUUUCAACUCUUAAAAGUGGAAAUGUUGAAGCCGAAGAGGAACCUGAAGGUGAUGAUUCUGAUUCUGAUUCUGAUUCCGAUAAAGAAAAGACUACUGUUGUUAGAAGUAAAAAACCAGGUAGAUUGAUUGUCAAGAGAAUUGUUAGAAACAAAGAUGGUGAACUAACUGCUAUCGAUUGGGUUGAAGACAAAGGUCAUAAGAAACAUGGAUGGAAAAAUUUAUACCAUAAAGAGGAAUGGGGAGAUACUCAGGAGAAACAUGAUCUACUUCGGGAUAAAGGCUGGAAGAAACGAUUCAAGGAUGAUCAUGGAGAAGAUUCGAAAUCAAUUGCUGGUCAAUUAUUGGCGAAAAGGCGAAAGUCAAAGAAAAGUUUAAAGAAAAAGAAGAAAAAAAAUCGAAAUGAUUCGGAUGAAGAAAAUUCUGAGAAAAAUGAUCAACAUCAAUUAUCUAAUGGUUAUCGUAUUCCUCAGAUCUUAUGGAAUUAUUUGUCUCGUCAAAAUGGCCAAGAAUCUCCAAUCGAAGAGCUUAAAAUAUCUAAAGUAGCCUAAACUGCUUUCUUAAUUAUCCGUUGAGUUAAUUUCUAACUUUUCAAUUUUUUAUUAUUUCCAACAAUCAGCUGGUUUGAUUAAUUAUUUCUUAUUGUCAUCUUUCAACUUUAUCCGAACAAAACAACAAUCAAAUCUCUACCUCUUCUUAAUUAUCGAGAUUCAAUUCUUAACAUGAUCAAUCAAGGUAAUUUUGACGUUUAAAUUGUCAAACUUUUGUAACAAUUGUGUAGAUUCAAUUUGAACUCUAUCUCUGAUCAUUCAAUCAUAAAAUGAUGAUUAAACUUGUUCUUAAACUUA